UGGUGAUGGAAACAAACUUGCAGAAGUAGUAACGCUUGGAAGUGACCUUACCAAAGAUUGAAGACAACUCGUCCACUCAGUUACCGCAGCAAGAGCUUCAAAGAAGAUUUAUACCAAGUGAAUAUACGUAAAUCAAGAAAGCAACAAAUCAAGAAAAAUGGAGUUCGUUAUUGGAGGCAUGGCAGCAAUGAGUGCGGGUUUCUUCACAAAUCCUUUGGAAGUCAUUAAGCAUCACAUGGAACUAAAUAAAAAAUCUACACAGAUCAACAACAGUGGAAAGUAUAAAGGAUUUUUGGGAACCGGCUUUCAUGUUGCCAAGCAGAAUGGACUCAAGUCGCUGCAAAAGGGACUCUCACCCGCUUUGGGCUACCACCUGGUCAGCUACGGAAUGAAAUUGGGCACCUAUCAAUUUGGUCAGAACCGUGGAUUUACAACAAACUCCGAAGGAAAAGUAAUAGUACCAAACAGCGUAAUGAUGAGUGGAAUUGGAGGAAUGUUGGGCCAAUAUUUCUCCAGCCCCUUUUACUUGGUUAAAGUACAACAUGAGAUUGAACAAAUGCAAUUUAAGAACGAUCCCAAAUUUGAGAAGAAGGAAGGAUACAUGAACACCAUAAGGAACAUCUACAGAGAUAAUGGAAUAAGAGGAUUCUUUAGAGGAGCGACUGCUUCCCUACCAAGAGCCUUCAUUGGAACAUCUCAGUUAACAUCCUUUGCGCUCGCAAAAGAGAGUUUAUAUCAAUUUGAGUCAUUCCAAAAAAAUCCCAUGCUGACUACAGUCAUCGCAAGCUCUAUUGCAGCUGUAGUCCUGUCGAUGUGCAUGACCCCGUUUGACAUGGUGCUCACGAAGCUAUACAAACAAGCUCUUAAUCCAGCAGCAACAGCGGUUAGGUACAACGGAUUUUUGGAUUGUGUAAAGAAAACAUACUUGGCGAACGGUUUGAAGCCGUUCUACAGAGGAAUGGGACCUUUGUACUUGAAACUUGGACCACACACAGUUUUAUGUCUAGUAUUCUGGGAGGAAUUCAAAGAUAUGUACAACCCCAAGGACGUCACCAACGAUUCAUCAUCCUUCUACAAGAAGUUAGGGUUUAUCGAUGACAGUUUCUCCAAAUAUGGUGAAUAUGAGCACACCAAUUACGAUUUAGAUGAAAUAUUCGUCAGUGAUCACCAAAUCAAUUCCUAUUGGAAUUAAAUUAUUAUUAUUUAUUAUUAACCUAUUUAACUAGUAUCAAAUGUAGUGAUAUUAUUAUUAUUAUUAUUAGAAACUGCACUGAAAUAGAAAUGUGAUAUUUUUAAGUUAUUUGUUAUUAAUAAAUUAUGUUGUAUUA